AGUUCGGGCUGUGUUUUGAUUCUGAGUUGAGCACGAAAAGCAAACACUUUAACUCGCUGUAAACUUGACAUUUCUCCUCAGUGUUCUGUUUUCAAAUCUGUAGAAAAUGUUGGGCAUGUACGUGCCAGACAGGUUCAUUCUGAAGUCCUCCAAAGUGCAAGACGGAGUCGGACUGUUCACUGCGAGACCAGUCAACAAGGGGGAAAAGUUUGGCCCGUUUGCGGGUGAGAAGCGAAUGCCCAGUGACUUGAAUGACAGCAUGGACCCGAGGCUGAUGUGGGAGGUCCGUGGAAACAGAGGUGAUGUGCUUUACAUACUGGAUGCCAGCAAUCCUCGACAUGCUAACUGGCUCCGCUUUGUGCACCAGGCGCCAUCUCAGGAACAGAAGAACCUCGCUGCGAUCCAGGAUGGGGAGAAUAUCUUCUACCUGGCGGUGGAUAAUAUAGAGCCGGAUACAGAGCUGCUGAUCGGCUACCUGGACAGUGAUAUGGAGGAGGACGACGAGGACGACGAGAUAGUUAAAGAUGAAGAAGAUGGCAAAGAAGCCAAAGCCACAAACACCCAGCCAGAAUCAGUAAUAAAGCAGGAAGAUCACCCCUGUUUGCUGUGUGAGAGCAGUUUUCCCAGUGAGGAGGUUCUGGCUGAGCACUUACAGAGUCUGCACCAGAGAGCCAGCGCUGAGGACAAGGAGUUCAAAUGUCGAAACUGUGGAAAGGAGUUUCCAGUUAAACAAGCUCUACAGCGCCAUGUUCUGCACUGCACAGAAAGUCCUGAUUUGUCAGUAGACGCUUCCAAAGUUCAUCAGUGUGCUCUCUGCCAUUCAUCCUUCAGCUCUGAGUCCAGCUUUGAGCAGCAUAAGGAAGCAUGUAAAGGAGAAGCUAGAUUUAUCUGUAAGGUUGAAAGCUGUGGGAAGAGAUUUAAGAGCAAAGAUGCCUUAAAGAAACACAAAAGCAACGUACACACAGGCAGCACUCGCAGGAAGCUCAUCUGCACCAUCUGCAACAAGAAAUGCUCGUCUUCAGUCAACCUGCAGGAGCAUCGCAAGGUCCACGAGAUCGUCGACUGCACAGAGUGUGACAAGAAGUUUAUCUCGACCAAUCAGCUGAAGCGCCACAUGAUCACACAUUCAGAAAAGCGGCCGUACACCUGUGAGAUCUGCAACCGCAGCUUUAAACGUUUGGACCAGGUGACCGCUCAUAAGAUCAUCCACAGCGAGGAUAAACCAUACAAGUGCAAGCUGUGCUGGAAGGAGUUCGCCCAUCGCAACGUCUACAAGAACCACAAAAAAACACAUUCGGAGGAGAGGCCGUUUCAGUGUGAGGAGUGUAAGGCCCUGUUCCGCACCCCGUUCUCCCUACAGCGUCAUCUCCUCAUCCACAACAGUGAGCGGACUUUCAAGUGCGACCAGUGCGACGCCACAUUCAAGCGCAAGGACACGCUGAACGUGCACAUCCAGGUGGUUCACGAUGGCCACAAGAAGUACAAAUGUGACCUGUGUGAGAAAGCUUUCGUCACUCCCUCCGUCCUCAAGAGCCACAAGAAGACUCACACCGGAGAGAAGGAGAAGAUCUGUCCCUACUGCGGUCAAAAGUUCGCCAGUAACGGGACGCUGAGAGUGCACAUCCGCAGCCAUACAGGUGAACGCCCUUACCAGUGCCCGUACUGCGACAAGGCCUUCAGCAAGAAUGAUGGGUUAAAGAUGCACAUCCGUACACACACACGGGAAAAGCCGUAUAAAUGCAGCGAGUGCAACAAGGCCUUCAGUCAGAAGAGAGGACUGGACGAGCACAUGCGUACACACACGGGAGAGAAACCCUUCCAGUGUGACGUGUGCGACCUUUCGUUCAGUCUGAAGAAGAUGCUCAUCCGUCACAAGCUCACCCAUAAUCCCAACCGACCCAUGGCCGAGUGCUCCCUGUGCCACAAGAAGUUCACCCGCAACGACUACCUCAAAGUGCACAUGGAGAACGUCCACGGAGAGAUCGAGGGGUAGACUUACACUCCCCGGUCUGAUGUUUGAUGUGAAUAUUAUGUAAAGCUCGUGAGCAUGUCUGUAUGAGUUUAUUAUGUUUUGUUUUGCAUUGUGCUGCUGCCAAACGGCUGGUUUAUGAUGUGCAUGUUCUUAAUAAGGGGGUUUAUGUUUGUGAAACUUGAGCAGAAGUUGCAAAAACAUCUUAAUGUUUGAAUCAUUAUAUAGCAGCAGCUACAUUAGCUGCACUGAUGAAGCACGAUGUUUUUCAAAUGCUCUCUGACAUUGAUAAAUGAUAUGUCAAUCCAGUUUAUCUGGUCUUCCUCGUCUUCCACAAGUCCUGCCUUAACACCUUCAGUGUCGUCCUGUGGGUGCAUCAUCACACCCAGAGUUACAUAACUCAGACCUUAGUGUAAUUCAGUAGCUCUGUUUCUGUUCUGGCCAUCUUGUACGCUUACUCAGUGGUCUUCGUCUUCCUCUGUCAGAUUGUUAGUUUAAUUAUACAGGAUUAAAAUCCUAGAGAGACUUUGGUACCAUCUAACUAUCCCACUUUGACCUGUUUGUGAAAAGGUGAUCAACAAAUGAUGGUGCUGUUGGUAAGCCAGUAAUGAUUCUGUAACAAGGAAUCAUUAAGAGUGAAUGAGUAGCUAAUCACUUUAUUCAUACUCUAAGAACUCAAGUGUUUGAAUCAUGAAUUUGACCAAAAUAUAUCGUUUGUAGUAUUUUUGUACACCACUCUGUGUGUAUAAGAGGUUAUCGCUUUAGCUAUAUAGCUUUAAUGUAUAAGCUAUAGCUUGUAGCUAUAAGGACAGUGGUGGGCAGAGCUUGUGGGUUUUAAGCCUGACUCUGGCAUGCUUGAACAAGGGUCUUAACCUGUACAAUGUCUGACCCUGUGCUCUGACCCCAGCUUCUCAAAAGAACUAGCGUAUGCAGAAAAAGCAUUUCUUUGUACUGUACAUGUGUAUACAGUAUGUAUAUAUGACAAUAUAAGGCGUUCCAUCUACCCUAGAUUAUCAUUAUCAUGAGCUGACAUUCAGUACCAAGCUAACAAAAACAAGCAUAUAAUGCAUUAUAGAUGUUACCUGCAAUAGAAACAAUCAGUAUUAUGGGAUCGCUUUUAUAUGUUCUGACUUAUUUAAAGACUGAAAACGUUUCCCACAUCCGUUUACAUAAAUUCGACCAAAAUCCAUAAUUUGUAGUAUUUUUAUACAUCGCUCUGCAUGUAGCAGCUCAUUCACGUGUACAAAGGUCGACUGCCUUGUCCGUAACCAGGCAUUUACCCACGAGCUUUAACUUCAUUUAAAUAAAUCCUGCCUAAUGUAAAGCUAUAGCUUUAGCUUAUAGGUACAGGGACAGUGGUGGGCAGAGCUUGUGGGUUUUAAGCCUGGCUCUGGCAUGCAGCCAUUGUUGGGCCCUUGAGCAAGGGCCUUAACCUGUACAAUGUCUGACCCUGUGCUCUGACCCCAUAUGCAGAAAAAGCAUUUCAUUGUACUGUACACAUGUUUAUAUGUAUAUACGACAAUAUAAGGUGUUCCAUCUGCUCUAGAUUAGCAUUAUCAUGAGCUGACAAGCUUAUAAUGCAUUAAAUAUGAGGGAUCUUCAAAAGGUUUCCGCACUUUUAUUUUUUUUUGUUGGAAGCGGUGAGGGUGUAGUAGGAGGAGCAGUAAUUGGUCGUGACUGAGAGACGCUUAUAGUCCGGAUUUAGCUCCAUCUGAUUUCCACCUUUUUGGACGGUCAAAGAAGCUUUAAGGGGAAGAAGAUUUUCAUGUGAUGAUGAUGUGAAACCAGCGGUGCAUCCGUGGCUACGUGCUCAACCCAAAACAUUUUUUUGCUGAUGGCUGGAAAAUGCAUCGCAAGGUGACCCUGAAGAACCCUCGUAGAUGUUGCCUGUAAUAGAAACAUUCAGUGAUAUGGAAUCGCUUUUAAACGCUCUGAACUCUUAAGGACUGGAAACGUUUGUUUACACUUGGUGAGCUUUUGUCCAACAGUGGGUUUGGUUUUCAGGCUGCAGCGAGAUGUUUCCCCGUCCCUUAUUCCACAUUUUUCUGUGUUUACAUGGAGACUGAACUGAAUGAUGUUUUGCUGAAUGGAUGCUCAUGUACUGAUGCAGUAUUUAGACUCAUAAUGGGAGCAAUGCAAUAUGUUACUUUGCAAUAUUAAACAUGGUAUAAUGUUUUAAAUACGAUACAUUCCUGAUCAAAAGUGUUCAUAGUUUUGUGUUAUGAAUCAUUAUUAAGAAAAAAAUACAUUUAUUAAUUAUUGUUCUGACUAAAAAAGGUGCUGAAUGAUGUUUGCCGCCAGUGUUAUGAAAGAUUAAAUAUGCAGCUAAAAUAUUAAAUAUGUGACAGAUACAC